AGUUACAUAACAGAGGGCACAUUGGACGGACGCCCAAUAUGUGCUAAGAAUAUAUAUAUUUUUUUUAUAUAAGACAAACAAACAUAGUUCAACAAAGAUGACGAUCGGGGCAUCAACGUUAUUGGUCGCUUUGUUAGCGUGCGCGUGCGCAGCGGAGAAGUGGCGGUGGCCUGAGAGCACGUCGUCAGUUCGCAUCGACACCAAAGUACACUUCAUCGACGCUAAACCAGAGGAUGAUCACAAACAAAAUCGAAGUAGCGAAACUCAAUCAGAUGAACCUCAAUUUGAAGAGCCAGCAAACACCGAGGGCUUCUACAAUCGUCCUCCAGGGGUCGGCCGCUAUCCCGUGCACGUCGAAAUGCACCGUGCACCCUAUAGGGUAGACUCCAAUUCCAUCUACGACUUGAGAAAUCCGCAACAUUACUCAGAUGGCACCCUAGACUCGCUGCAGUACUGCAAGUGUGUCUCAAGUCCCGAGUGUCACCCUAACAUCGACUCUACCAAAGCUUGUGGUGUUGGCAAAUUCCUGUGUUGCUACAAGCGACCAAAUAAAAAUUCUCAACAAAUCUCAGAAAUCUUUAAUGAAGUAGACGAUGAGCGCCCAUUCCUGUUACCUGGGCAAGGUGAGCAUGCUGGACCAUUCCCACCACCACCGAGCACAGUUCUUGGUGGCUCCUAUGGGUCAGCCCACAACCACGAAGCUGCUGUUCUAGGUGCAGCUAUAGGACCAGCCAAUAACAAAAAGCCAGUACUCGUCGGUCCGGGUGGACCGACUGGACUCAUUGGUCCAGCUCAGAACCAUGCGGGAUCUCAUAACCCUGCCGGCAAUUAUAACCCAGGUCAAUCCAACCAAGGACUUCUUGUUGGUCCCGAUGGACCUACCGGUAUCAUUGGCCCGAACCGUGGAGUGCUCGUCGGACCAGAAGGACCUACUGGCAUCACAGGACCCAACCGGGGUGUCCUAACAGGCCCGGGAGGGCCAACAGGCAUCGUUGGACCUCGCCCUAACAAAGAAGACUUUUAUUUGCCGAGUUUCGAUGCCCAAAAGGCAGAAGAAUCAGCUCAGAGAGGAAUCCUGGUUGGUCCCGGUGGACCGACAGGAAUAAUUGGACCUGCGGGGUAUGGAAGACGGCCCGUGCUCGUCGGUCCCGGUGGACCGACAGGCAUCAUCGGACCUUAUGGCAAUGUCGGACGGACUCCAGUACUCGUUGGACCAGGUGGCCCGACCGGAAUGAUCGGUCCACCUCGCCGUUUCUACGGUAAAUAAUGUGUGUAUAGUGACUAAUAAACUGGUCGUGAUAACGCUUAUUAAAAACUUUGUGCCGUUAAGUUUGUGUAAAUAUAAUUAUAGUUUCGUUAUAUUGCUGUUAACCCCAGGUUAAUAUACGAGUUACCAUUCUAUGUGAUAGAUCUAAUCGCAAAUCAGAUAACCAACCCUUCACAGGUUGCUCCCGAUCAAAAUCAAUAUCACCGUUAGCAUCUAAGACUAAGCCGUUUAAGAAAAUUCUGUAGUUAACGUAUCAAAAUAGACUUAUUGAAUCUU